AUGAAUCAAAUGAAUGUCGCUGGGCUGAAUCCCGGGGCGGGGGGCCCUGUCGGAGGCGUCCCAAUGGUCAACAAUGGUUCUGCAGCUCCCCGCAACGACGGAAAUAUGAAUACUAUCCCUGAGACAAUGAUCAACAAUCUUAACACGUAUAUCUACGAUUACUUCCUGAAGCGCGGCUAUCACGACUGCGCUAGGGCUCUUGUGAAGGAUGAGUCGAUCAAACUCAGCACAGAACCGCCAAUAAAAUCGAGUCCCGGACAUCGUCGCGAUGCUGACGUGAAUGGUGUUGACGGUGAUGCCAUGAUGACUGAUGGCAAAGAUGGCGAGAAGUUGAAAAUACCCGAUGAUCUUCCGCGCCCCAAUCUUCCCAGCGAAGGCCAGCAAACCUCUUUCCUGUUGGAUUGGUUCAGUCUUUUCUGGGAUUUCUUCUGGGCUCAGCGCAAGAAAGGGAAUACCAAUGAUGUGAGGCAGUAUCUCCAACAUAAUCAGAACUUGAUGCGCCUCAGAGAGCAGCAACAUAACCAGCUAUUACGCCAACAACCAAUUAUGCCCGGACAAAUGGGACAACUCAAUAUGCGGCGGAAUGGUGUGGUUGCUCCCAAUCUUCAGAAGACUGUACUGCAAAACAACACGACUGGCCUCUCGCAGCAGCAACUCGCCCAGCUUCAUAAGAGCCAGCAGGUCCAGAUGAUGCAGCAGAUGCAGCGAGAGCAUUCGGAUAUGGACAUGAACGGCCAUCGUCCGCAGUCGCCGUCCUCAGCAGAGAACGCUCCUUCCCCAUCUAAACGCCCUCGCCUUGAAGGCGCGCAUAUGAAUGGUCAACAGUUGGCACCCAAUGGACGCGGUCAAGGCCAAGGCAUGCCUGCCCAACCGAAUCCACAAGCGCUCUUGAUGCAGAACGGUCUCACCCCGCGAGCGAUGAAUCCGGCUCAGUUCCAGGCUUCUUUUCAGCAGUCAGGUCCAACUGCUCAGCAGAAAUCUAUCCAGGUAUAUGCUCAGAAUUUAGCUCUUCACCACUCACGCUCAGCAUUGAAUAACCAGGGCAUUCCGAAUGGUUUGAUGAAUCCCGGUGUCAUGCCAAACCAGGCGGAUCUGGUGCCUAUGCCAGAUGGCCAGGCUAUGUAUCCGAUGAACGGGGACUACUAUGGCGCGAAUGGUCAAAUGGCCCAGGUUCGGGCUGGAAUGCAGACACCUGGCGGUCAGCAUGGGAACCAUGCUCUCCAAGAUUAUCAAAUGCAGCUUAUGCUGCUCGAGCAGCAGAAUAAGCGUCGUUUGAUGAUGGCUCGUCAAGAGCAGGAUAGCAUGGCCCGUCCUGACGGCCAGCCCCCAAUGCCUGGGCAACAGCAGGCUUUGCCACCAGGCACCUCUCCCCAAGGCAGCAGGGCGGGCACUUCUCCAAAUCCUAACGAACAAAUGAAGAGGGGUACGCCGAAGAUGCCCCAAACCGGUCUCCCGGGAUCUCCGAGUGCUGGCGAUGCGAUGGCCCAGGGUCGUGGUUCUCCAGCGUCCAUGAACUUUAACGGGGGUCAGAUGCCACCUGAGAUGGCCGGCCCAUUCUUCGUGAAGGGUAUGCCUGAUGGCAUGGCAGGUCCCAACGGCAUGCGACCCCCGAGCUCCAACCCAGCCUUUACCGGUCCUCAGAUGGGUCAACCGAUUCCUGCGGGUGUUGGUAACCGGGUACCAACUGGAAGUUGGCAACCACAGCAGGGUGCACAGGGUCAGCCCAUGGCACCACAGCAGUCACCAGUGAACCAACCCCAAACAACCGGAACUCCCCAGAACAACCCGAUGCCUCCUCCUCAAGCGCCACCAGCGGCUGGUUCCAACACGGGUCGGACGCAGCCACAAUCUCCUCAGACGGCCCCCGCUCCGCCUACGCCGCAACAAGCCAACAAACCCGCGCCGAAGAAGAAGGAUACCAAAGACACUCGCAAGCGACCUUCGAAGAAGGCCACGGCCGCUGCCGCAAAUGCGAACACAGCGGCUACUCCAUCAUCUGAAGCGGAGCAUCCACCAACCCCUACACCUUCAACACCAAUCACACCUCAGCAUCCUAAUUCGUUUAACAAAGCCGGGGCAAAUGUCACGACAAGUGCUCCUCCGCAGCCAACGUCGGCUCCUGCCCCACAGCCGCUCGUACAGCAGCCACCGGAUCAAAGUCAACAAUCGUUUGGCGACCUUAGCAUCCCAGAUGCAUCCGCUUUCAAUCUCGACUUCAGCGCUCUGGAGAACCCCGAUAUUCUGGAGAACUUUGACUUUGAUACGUUUCUUAACACUGAUGCGGACACUACUGGGUUUGGGUUCGAUCCUAAUAUAUCUUACCCGACAGAUGGUGUUGAGACCGGUGCCGGGGAUAGCUUGUAA